AUGGAAAGGGCUUGUUUCUUUUCGUGUAUCGACUUAGCCUGGAUAAUCUUGAUCUUCAUCAAGGAGACGAAGGCGAAGGAGAAGGCGCGGGAGAAAGCAGUAGAAGCAACAGACUCAUGACUGUGGACACAGGAAUGCCGGUCUUAUUUCGAGACCAGGAGGACCAAGACAUAAUCAAGAACGAGC